AUGGAGGAGGCACUAGCAGAAUGGGUAACCAAAGAGGAGGAGACGGAGAAGAGAGAGGUGACUCGAGAGGAAAUUAUAGCGAAGGCAAAGGAGAUAGGGCCAGGGUUCAAGAUGCGGCCGGGUUUCAGGUAUGGCAGGUCGUGGGCGACGCGGUUUAUGAAGAGGUUUGGGCUCCUGCUGCUGUUGGAGACUGGUACCAAUGAUGCUGAUAACGAGGAUGAGAGAGGAGCGGGAGGAGAGGGAGGCGACGGUGAUGAUGAUGACUGGUUUGAGAGAGAAUUCGGAGGGCCAGGGGGAGGAAGAGGAGGAGGAGGAGGAGGAGGGGGAGGAGGAGGAGGAGGGGGAGGGGGAGGAGGAGGGGGAGGAGGACGAGGAGGCCAGACAGGGAGUGAUAUGUGGGCCAGCGAGGGAAGAAGGCAAGGGAUUGAUAGAGAGUCUGGGGAAGAGGAGGAAGAGCAGGGGGAUGAGGACAGUAGGGGAAGGGAGUUGGGAGGCGAGGAGGAAGAGGGGGAGGAAGAGGCGGAGGAAGAGGGGGGAGAUGAGGGGGAUGGCGGUGAGGGAGGGGAGAUGGAUGGUGGGUUGGUUAGUUUCGUAACUCUGCAGAUGCGAACAGCAAAUCGGGCUGUCGGGCAGGUGUUAUGUGGGUCGGCAGGGGCAGGAGGCGCGGGUACAGUACCGGGACAGGGAAUGGGAAGAGAGGGGGCGGAAAGAUAUGGAGGGAAAGGAGAAGGGGGCGGAGACGGGGAGGCCGGGGAAAAAGACAGGGAAGGGGAAAGGGAAGGGUAUAGGGAAGGGGACGGGGAUGGGGAAGGGGACGGGGAAAGGGAAGGGGACGGGGAUGGGGAAGGGGACGGGGAAAGGGAAGGGGACGGGGAUGGGGAAGGGGACGGGGAAAGGGAAGGGGACGGGGAAAGGGAAGGGGACGGGGAAGGGGAAGCGGGAGGUGGAGGUCCUGAUUCAGCUGCUACUGAUGCCGAUGGUGCUGUUGCUGCCGAUGGUGCUGCUGCUGCCGAUGGUGCUGCUGCUGCUGCUGCUGCUGCUGCUGCUGCUGCUGCUGCUGCUGCUGGCGGCAGUCCUGGUGAUACCGCAGCUGCAACUGUGCGAGAGGGCAGUGGACGAGAGGGAAGUGGGCGAGAGGGAAGUGGCGAGAGGGAAGAGCGACUCAUGCAGAGGAUGGGUGCCCUGUCCGAGAUUCUGGCCAAGAGAGCGGUUGAGGGAGUAGUCGAGAUACUGGGCGAGAGGGAAAUAGACGUUGUGACGGUCGAGAGGGAAGUGGACGAGAGGGAAGUGGGCGAGAGGGAAGUGGACGAGAGGGAAGUGGGCGAGAGGGAAGUGGGCGAGCGGGAAGUGGGCGAGAGGGAAGUGGGCGAGAGGGAAGUGGGCGAGAGGGAAGUGGGCGAGAGGGAAGUGGGCGAGAGGGAAGAGCGACUCAUGCAGAGGAUGGGUGCCCUGUCCGAGAUUCUGGCCAAGAGAGCGGUUGAGGGAGUAGUCGAGAUACUGGGCGAGAGGGAAAUAGACGUUGUGACGGUCGAGAGGGAAGUGGACGAGAGGGAAGUGGGCGAGAGGGAAGUGGACGAGAGGGAAGUGGGCGAGAGGGAAGUGGGCGAGCGGGAAGUGGGCGAGAGGGAAGUGGGCGAGAGGGAAGUGGGCGAGAGGGAAGUGGGCGAGAGGGAAGUGGGCGAGAGGGAAGAGCGACUCAUGCAGAGGAUGGGUGCCCUGUCCGAGAUUCUGGCCAAGAGAGCGGUUGAGGGAGUAGUCGAGAUACUGGGCGAGAGGGAAAUAGACGUUGUGACGGUCGAGAGGGAAGUGGACGAGAGGGAAGUGGGCGAGAGGGAAGUGGACGAGAGGGAAGUGGGCGAGAGGGGAGUGGGCGAGAGGGAAGUGGGCGAGAGGGAAGUGGGCGAGAGGGAAGUGGGCGAGAGGGAAGUGGGCGAGAGGGAAGUGGGCGAGAGGGAAGUGGACGAGAGGGAAGUGGACGAGAGGGAAGUGUGCGAGAAGGAAGUGGGCGAGAGGGAAGAGCGACUCAUGCAGAGGAUGGGUGCCGGCGAGAGGGAAGUGGACGAGAGGGAAGUGGGCGACAGGGAAGUGGCCGAGAGGGAAGUGAGCGAGAUGCUAGGCGAGGCAUUCGCAGAGAAGGCGGAAGCACAGGAAAAGCCGCUGGAGAAGGGAGCCUGGAAUCCGAAGGGGAGGGGGAAGGAGAGGCAGCCGAUUGAUGGGAAGGCGGAGAGGGUAGCGCCGAAGGAGGGAGUGCAGGCGGAGAAGAAGAGGCGGGUGGGUGAGGGGACAGGCCGGGCGAUUGAGGGGGAGGGGGCGGAUAAGCCGGGCUCUCGGGACGGCCUAGCGACCACACAUGCUGGCGUGAAGAGAAAGGGGAGGACCGCGUAG